AUGGCUGGUGGUACUGUCAAAUAUCGGCAUCUGAGCCGCAACUCAGCAGCCCGUAUGGCGUUGCUGCGCGGUCUCGUAACUCAACUCGUCCAUCACGAACAAAUACACACAACCUAUGCCAAGGCAAAGGAAGCUCAGCGCAUGGCGGAGAAGCUCAUCACAUUGGCCAAGAGGGACAAUGAGCCUUCACGAAGAUCAGCACAGGGUAUCCUAUACGUACACAUACAUCUACCCAAACUACUAGGCGAGCUAAAAUCACGAUAUUUGACACGAGAGGGCGGCUACACUCGUGUCGUUCGCACCGAGUCCAAGAACACCUAUGACCAGGGUGAGAGCGCCAUCCUCGAAUUGGUCGACGGCCCCAAGGACUCGCGCUUCAUGAUGACAGCCAAAACCGUUGCUCGUGAUCGCAUGCUCGGAAAGGACCACACACCCGUCACAAGGACAAACAUAAAGAAGGUCACCCAGUUCCGCGGCGAGGAGCCCUUCGAGGAGAUGGUACGAAGGUUUAUGGUUCUCAAGGCUAGCGAUGCGACCAUCCCACAAAAGGACGAGAGCAGCUUGGCUGAGGUCGAGGCUGAGCAGACGGCCGACCAGAAUGCUGAACGAGCAAGGGAGAUGGCCGCAGGAAUCGUGCCAGAGUCAGUGAAGAGAAAGUCACAAUAA